CCCAGCACCAAACUGUCAUUCAUUCGUUCGCUCCUUGUAGCAGCUUCCAGAUCGCAGAAUCUGGAACAGGUUCCGGUCGACACAAGUGCUGUGUAUUCUUAUCAUUAACUACCUUAGUCGAGAAUGGCAUCGGGAAGGUCAUCAAUCUAUCAAGAUUUGUCAGAGAUUUAUGAUAAUGUAAUCAAUAAGGAGCAUCCCCGUAAGCUGAUACCGGAGCUAUGCAAACAAUUUUACAACCUCGGAUGGGUAACUGGAACCGGGGGCGGUAUAAGUAUUAAGCUGGACGACGAAAUCUAUAUCGCUCCUUCCGGUGUGCAGAAGGAACGCAUUCAACCCGAUGAUCUUUUUAUACAGAACAUUGAGGGAGAUGAUCUGCAAACACCGCCCGAUUAUAAAAAGUUGACGAAAAGUCAGUGCACACCGCUUUUUAUGCUUGCAUAUAAAGAGCGUAGUGCUGGAGCUGUUAUACAUACGCACAGUCCCGCAGCAGUAAUGACAACGCUGCUCUGGCCUGGUAAAGAGUUCCGUUGUACACAUCUGGAAAUGAUUAAGGGUAUUUAUGAUUACGAACUAAACCGUAACCUAAUGUACGACGAAGAGCUUGUGGUGCCUAUCAUCGAGAAUACGCUGUUUGAGAAAGAUCUGGAAGAAUCGAUGGCGAACGCGCUGAGGGACUAUCCCGGCACCUCAGCCAUACUCGUUCGUCGCCAUGGUGUGUACGUGUGGGGUCACAACUGGCAGAAGGCAAAGACAAUGGCUGAAUGCUAUGAUUAUCUGUUCUCGCUGGCGGUGGAAAUGCAUAAAGUUGGUCUGGAUGCAAAUGCCGUACCGAAACAGUACUAGAUGAGUUCUAUCCAGCUUUAACCACCUCACGAAACCUAGUCCUGACGCCACCCCCUCCAGGAUUAGAACGAUAAUCACAAACAAACACACACACACAUACACAGAUAUACAUGCAUGAUAAUCGAGUAGAGUUAGCAUUAGUUGUUAUCAUGGCAUAACCAUGAAUUUUUCCACGGCGCAUUUCUCAAACAUUUGCAUAUAUAUAUAUAGUUUUUAUGUUUUGUUUUUUAUUUUAAAAUUCAAUUGCACAACCACAGGGAAAUAUAUAUUGCUAGCGUUUAACUAUACAUUGUUCAUCGAGGUUUUCAUACAAGUGAUAGAGCGCGUGUUUUUGUACGACAUAUUAGUAGGAUUUUUUGAGAAUAAAAACGCGCUGUUGUUUUCAGCACCAUCCCGAGAAA